CGUCUUAGAAUUUGUUGCUCAACGGAUCUGCUUCAAAGUGACUGGAGCCUAGCAGCACAUAGGAACGAUGCGAAGGGAGGGUUGGUAGACUAUUAGAGUAGGCUACAGGCUACGCAAGAUCGAAUCAUUAUGGAUUUUGAUGAGCGGGUCCCAGUUGGGUCUAAUAUGUAUUUGCCCGGCAGCUGCACCUAUUACGUCUCGGGAACAGACUUCUCAAGCCUCCCUCCUUUUUUGUCCCAUCAGAGUCAGUCUUCUUGUCCCAUGACAUAUUCCUACCCAUCCUCAACUCUGCCACAGCUUCCGUCUGUCAGAGAAGUAUCUUUCAGAGACUAUCAUGGCAUUGGUAGCUCCAGUAAAUGGCACCACCAUAGGGGCGGUAUGUCACACUGCUACCCCACUGAGGACACGGUGCAUAGGGACUGUCUAUCAAGCUCGACCUCCUUGGGGGAAAUAUUCACGAAAAAUAACUCCAGUGAUGUCUAUCACUUCAGCAGCUCCAAUCCUACAUCAAGUCUCCAGGGCAGUGUGAGUAGGAAUGGAGUGUUACCGCAAUCCUUUGAUCAGUUUUUCGAUACUGCUCAAGGGAGCGCAGACACCACACCAACAAGCGAACACUCCGUGGACAGAACUGCCACCAAACAACCUACAGUUCCGGUGACCGGCUCCGACAAGUGCCGGGAUACAGAGGAGGGACCGCCGGGCGAGGUGAGCUGCAGCCCCGUGUCUUCUUCCGGCAACAAUGACGAGAAAUAUAGCGCCAGCGGUGGACAGAGAACCCGUAAGAAGAGAUGUCCAUACACCAAAUACCAAAUCAGAGAAUUGGAGAGGGAGUUCUUUUUCAGUGUUUACAUCAACAAGGAGAAACGUCUUCAACUUUCGAGGAUGCUCAAUCUCACCGACCGCCAAGUUAAAAUCUGGUUUCAAAACAGGAGGAUGAAAGAGAAGAAACUGAACAGAGACCGUUUGCAGUAUUAUACCACGAACCCUAUGCUGUAACACUGGCUGAUGGAUUUCUUCCCCUCAGACAAGGCAUGCAUGAAGCUCAAUCGCUAAUUUCAAGUUCGUUG